AUGUACACGCUGACAAAAACUUUUAUUGCCUCAACAUCGGUGCCGCAAAAAAACACUUUCUCUGAGAUAAAGGAAAAGCUUGCCACAGGAGAGAAAGAUCUCAUAAUGGAUGCCUUUCACUCGGUCUCAGCAAGAGGUCUGCAGGACAGAGAGAAAGCGCAGAUAUUCCCACACGUGCUAAGCCUCAUAGGCCACGACUCCAUCGAGGUCAAGUGUGCUGCAUACUCUUUUGUUCUUCGCACUGUAAAAGGCGACCCGUCUCUUCUGGUUCUCGCAGUAAACACAGUUAUGCAGGAAAUAAAAGAAGAUUUUGCGCAGACAACUCCCUCGAGUGCUCUGAAGGUGUCUCUUGCUUUUGAUUUUGUUUCAAAGAUCUCCGAUGCUGACUUUCUGAACCAUUUUGCCCACAGGAUAGAAAAGAGCUACACUGCGCGCUCAGAUAUUGUCAGAAAGUCUGCUCUACUGGCUGCCCCUGCUCUGUUCAAAGCGUUCAAGGAAACAAAAAUUGAAAGCAUCAAAGAGUCUCUUCACGAGCCGAGUCCUGUUGUCCUUGGCGCAGCAAUCAGUGCGAUCAUCUCCAUUGAAAAAAAUGCGAAAAACACUUUUACUGAAAGCGAGCUGGUUUUUUGCUUCAGAGUCCUCUGCAGAAACAGACAAAACAUCGAAGAGAGCUACGGCAAUUUUGCGCUUCUUUUUACUGAUCUCUGCAGAAUACUUAGAGGGUUCUCAAACGACGAGGUGAUGGAAAUGGCCGCACUUUCGAUGGAGUUUCUUCCGCUCUUUGCCCUAAAAGAGCUGUCCGAUGUGGACUCAAAAUCUUUUUCUCCGCUUGUAGCCGAGAGAAUAGCCAGUGGGUUAAUAAGCUACAUGGGAACACCGUGUAAAACAGAUGCGCUAGAAAGCAUUCUCCAUCUUCUGCGCGUGCAGAACGUAAAACUGGAAGUCGAUCCGUUUUUGAUCAACUGCGAAGACACAAAAAAAGAGAAAAUCUUUAAGCUGCACAUUCUCUCUCUUUUGGGCAGUAACGAAGGCUUUUCUGAAAUGGUUUCUCUUGUUCGAGACCGAGAGUGCGCGUUCCACGCCGUCUGUCUUCUCUUGAAAACAGGGGCUCUGGAAGACGAGCACAUACUGACGGGCUUCCAGCACAGCCCAACCUCCAUGCUGCGGGCUAUCUACACAGAGCAUCCUCUCCCCGAAAAGUUUUCUUCCGUGAUCGCGUCGAUCUUGGCAGAGAUGUCCAAUGUGUUUGAGAAGGAGGCCUUCCUCUUCCUUUCUGGAUACUAUCUGAGCAGCGUACCUGAAGAGGCCAACCGCAUUAAAAAAAUAAGAGGGUAUUCGGACCGAGCUCUGUAUGGAAAAGAAGAAGAAAAAGAAAAGUCAGAAGAGCACUUGGAAGAGUAUUUAUAUUUUCUUCUAAACAUGUACACCCGCGGCAUUAUAAGCAAAGAAGAAUGCACACAAGAAGCACAAAUGACCUUUGCAGAAGAGCCGUUCUUGUUUAGCAAGUUUGCACACCUGAUCGAUCUUCCAGACAGAAAGCAUCUGCUGGACCUGAUAGCAUACAAAAGAGUGCUGCACAAGAUCUCAAGAAUUCCCUAG